UAAAAUAAGCCAAAGGUAGCAGAAGAAGCUUGUCUCUCACCUUCAUCUACAGCUAUAAACUGUCACUAAUGGAUUCCACUCUGAUACGAAUUGCACACCCAUUAAAGCUCAAACCUUCCUCCUCAUUCUCUUUCUCCAUUUUCGACUGUAAACGAACACAACCCCAUUAUUCCCUCUCAACCAAUAAUUCUCACAGAUUUUUCUUCACACUGACACCGAGAAGCAUCAGAAGCUUUUGCUGUAAGUCGACCCAGAACGGCGCCGCUUUCGACGAGGCUGCUUACGAGUCCGAGAGGCUGACCCUCGACGCCAAAGCUCGCAAAUCAAUGGCCGAGGCUUACAACAGAGAAACAGCCAUUGAAGACGAAGAAGACCCUAAAGCUUGGAAAUGGGUCAUUCGGAAGAGAAUUUGGGAUAUGAUGGAAGCUCGCAAUUUUGCACAGAACCCCCGACCAGUCCACCACCGUAUCCCCAAUUUCGUCGGCGCUUCAGCCGCUGCGGAUAAGUUUGGGGGAUUGGAGGCGUUUCGGGUUGCAGAGUGUGUGAAGGUGAACCCGGAUUCACCUCAGAAACAAGUCCGGUUUCUCACACUCUCUGAUGGAAAGAAAUUGUUAACUCCUCAACCCAGGUUAAGGACAGGAUUUUUCUCUGUGCUUGAGGCCUCCAAGUUAACUCAGAGUACCAUUAAAGAGGCUUGCACUUCGGUUGGAGUUGCCAAACACGGACGUCCAAUUGGAUUGGAUGAAAAACUGAAGGUGGAUUUGAUAGUUAUUGGUUCAGUUGCUGUUGAUCCAAAGACUGGAGCUAGACUUGGCAAGGGCGAGGGAUUUGCAGAACUUGAAUAUGGGAUGUUGAGGUACAUGGGAGCUAUUGAUGACUCAACACUGGUUGUCACCACUGUGCAUGAUUGUCAAUUAGUAGAUGAUAUUCCAGUAGAGAAGCUGCUAAUCCAUGAUGUGCCAGUGGAUAUCAUAUGCACUCCAACUCAAGUCAUUUUUACAAAUACUCCCAUCCCAAAGCCUCAAGGAAUUUAUUGGGAGAAAUUGUCUCCUGAAAAGCUUGGACAAAUCCGAGUACUGAGAGAGCUGAAGAAGAGGAUUGAAAGAGAGACAGCACAGAAACUCCCAACUGGCCCAUCUGAGAAACUUCCCCCCACUGCCCAACGAAAACGUUAAUAUACACAACUCAAUGUCUCUUUUAACAUUUUAUGUCAAUAUAAAUCAAUAGAAACACUUCAUUCUUUUGUUAUAAUAUACUGUGUUUUAAACAAGGGAGAAAAAAAAAAGAUGAUUAACGGCUACAGGUUUUAUGUAAAAAUAAAUGAAUAAAUCAAUAAAAACAGUUCUUCUUUUUUAA